AUGAAUAACGUUAACGUAAACAUGGCUAAUAUGCCUAUGGCCGGUGGCCCCGUCGGCGGUCCUACACCCAUGAUGAACAGUACCCUGGCCGCGCAACAAGUUCAAAGUCAAGGGAAUAACCGGACAGUUCUAAACACAUACAUAUACGACUACUUUCUUCGCGAAGGCAUGUACGAUUGCGCGCGUGCCAUGCUUAAAAGCGAGCAAACCCUCAACGUCAUUAAGGACAGCCCUGGUCGUCGUCGUGACGAGAACGGAAACAUACUAGGUAACGGUGUUGGCGACGAUCCCAUGGACACUGAUAGCAAAGAUGACAUAGACGCGAAGCGACCUCCCGACUUACCUCCACCCAACGUUCCACAGGGUGCCGAUAACUGCUUUCUGUACGAGUGGUUUUGCUUAUUUUGGGACAUGCUGAUGGCUCAGCGCAAUAAGCCUGGGAUAAGUGCUCCUGUCAGUGCCUAUGUCCAACAUACCCAACAACAAAACCGACACAGACAAAAUGAACAGCAGGCGAUAUUACGGGGAAUGCGACAAGAUAUAUAUGGACAGAACCGCAUGAUGGCAAUGCCAAACGGGAUGCAGGUUAACGCGAAGCAGCCUAAUUUGGCGAGGACUGCUAUGGCGAAUAACCAGAACAAUCCGCAAGCACUUCACAUGAUGCAACAAGCAAAGCAGAACCAGAUGCAACGCGACGGGUCGAACAUGGAUGGCAAUCAAAAUCGUCCAGGUUCUCCCGGUUCGGCCGAGAACGCACCGUCACCGAGCAAAAGACCACGUCUAGAUGGAUCAGGACCGUUCAAUCCCCAGCAGGGAGGCAUGAUGCCUAAUGGACAACGACCACAGCAAGGAAUGCCAGGACAACAAGUAGGCAACGGACCCAGAAGUGCUGCCAUUGCUCAGCAUAUGCUUUCAACAAACGGCAUCGACCCAGCUAAUCUGUCCCCUCAGCAGUUCCAGAACUUCCAGACCCAACCCGCGAAUACCCAGGCCAAGUCGAUCCAGACCUACGCGCAAAAUUUACAGCAGCACCACGGCCAGCAGAUGCCUAACAAACAGAUGCCUAACCCAGCUGGUCCCCAGGGCCAAGGUUCGCCUAUGUUGCAGCAAGGUCCCGAUGGUAGCCAGAUUGGCGCGUUCUACAAUGCUAGCGAGAUGGGUGGUCCCGGCGGGAUGAGGGCCGGCCCUAACGGUGCUCAAGGGGCGGGCGGUAGCAACCACGCCCUUCAAGAUUAUCAGAUGCAGCUGAUGCUAUUAGAACAGCAGAACAAGAAACGGCUCAUGAUGGCAAGACAGGAGCAAGAUAGUAUGGGUGGCAUGCCUCGUGGAGACGGCGCCGGUCCCGGUGGUCCUGGACCUAACGGCCAACCCUUCCAGGACACCUCACCUCAGGGUGCACGGACAGGAGCUUCCCCUAAUCCCGCCGAACAGCAGAUGAAGGGCCGCACUCCUCAGAUGAACCCCACCGGUAUUCCCUCACCUAUGGCGGAAGGCGCGCAAUCUAGGGGAUCGCCCAACCCCAUGGGCUUUAUACCUAAUGGCAUGGAUCCGAACAUGCAGCCUCACUUCUUCAAGGGCAUCAAUGGGAUGGACGGGAAUAUGGUCGCCGCUGCGCAGAUGAAUGGAGGCAUGCGGCCCCCGAGUUCUCACCCGAACCAGCCCUUCAAUGGCCAAAUGAAUCCUCAGUUAAUGAGGCAACAACAAGGUGCUCAAGGCGGUCCUCCAAUGCAAUGGCAAGGGCCGAAUGGGAACGCGAUGGGACCCCAAGGAGGCCCUCAAGGGCCCCCAGCUCAGGUACAGGGAACGCCGCAGCAGAGAGCUAUGCCACCACCGUCGGCUCCUGCGCCAGCCAACAACGCUGCCGCGGGUCGCCCACAAACUUCAUCACCGCAGCAGAACACUGCAGCCCCCCCCACUCCUCAGCAGUCUAACAAGACCGUAAAUAAAAAGAAGGAUACUAAGACUGCGAAGGCCAAGGCCACCGCACAGAAAAAGGCCAACCAGACCACGGGGGCAACCCCUGCUUCGGAAGCCGCUCAGGAACCUGAGCCUCCUACGCCUGUCACUCCUGUGAAUACCACGAACUUCAACAAGAAUGGCCAGAAUGUGGGUGCUGCCCAGCCUGCAGCAAGCGCUCCCGUAUCUGCUCCUCCACCUGCUCCGGCACCGGUUGCGGCACCACAAACACAUCCCGACGCCGGGCAGAUAAACUCAUUUGGCAUGGACAAUGGCGGCGCAAUGGACUUCAGCAGUAUGUCUUUUGCGGACCCUAUGCAGACGGGCGAUGUGCUUCAAGACUUCGACUUCGACUCGUUCCUGCAUGAUAACGAGGCAGACCCCGGGUCUUUCGACUUCAAUGCGGCGGCGUUCGGAAUGGAGGGAGCCGGCGAAAUCGGAGCGGAGUAG